AUCCCGUAGAAAACUAACUCGUUAAAAAAAACGCCAACCAGAAAAAAUAAUUCAAACCAUUUAAACUUUGCCCUGGGAGUUAGAAGGUCUUCAUUUAGAACAAUUAUGACGCUUAAUGGUGAAAGCCAAGUUCCUUCGGAAGCCACGAGGUUGAUGCCCCUCCUAACAACCAGAGCAACAAUUUUUAUAGGUACAUGGAACGUCUGGACAAUGUGGGAGACUGGGAAGACCAGUCAAAUAACAACGGAAAUGAGGAGAUACAAAUUGGCAGUACUGGGAAUCAGCGAAACCCAUUGGACCCAAGCUAGACAACAAAGGCUAAAUACGGGAGAGAUGAUGCUGUACUUCGGCCACCAAAAGGAAAAUGCUCCACACACUCAGAGAGCUGCUCUAAUGCUAUCCAAACAAGCACGAAAUGCACUUGUUGGAUGGGAAUCUCACGGAUCCAGAAUCAUCAAAGCAUCAUUCAAAACAAAGAAGGAGGGGAUCACAAUGAAUGUUAGCCAAUGUUAUGCACCCACCAAUGAUAUCAAUGACGACAAUAAAGAUCGAUUCUAUGAGAGGCUGCAAUCAACCAUAGCGAAAUGCUCAAGAAAGGACCUCAACAUUCUGAUGGAAGAUCUAAACGCCAAACUCGGAAUAGACAACACCGGAUAUGAAGAUAUCAUGGGACAACAUAGAUUGACUGGGAGAGAGAAACGAAAAUGGGGAAAGAUUUACAAAUCUAUGUGCAUUCAACAAAUUGGUUAUAGACAGCACAAUAUUUCUACACAAACGUAUGCACAAAGCUAAAUGGAUCUCACCGGACCACACCACAGAGAACCAGAUAGAUCAUAUUUGAAUCAAUAAAAAAUUUCGAAGAACAAUGGAAGAUGUGAGAAGCAGGAGAGGAGCUGAUAUAGCUUCAGAUCACCACCUAGUUGUGGCCAAUUUAAAACUGAAGCUAAAGAAGAACUGGACAACUGGACAAACAGCACUACAAAGGUUCAAUACAGCCUUCCUACGAGAUACCAACAAACUCAACGAAUUCAAGAUAGCUCUCAACAACAGGUUCCAAGCUUUACAGGACCUACUGAAAGAAGAAGAAACUACUAUGGAGGACAACUGGAAAGGUAUCAGAAAAGUAUUAACUUCAAUAUGUCAGAAGGUUCUGGACCACAAGAAGCAUCAUCAUAAGGAAUGGAUCUCUAAAGAAACACUGAACAAGAUCAAAGAAGAGAAGAACAAGAAAACAGCAAUUAAUAACAGCCGAACACGAGCAGAGAAAGCCAAAGCACAAGCUGAGUACACAGAAGAAAACAAGCAAGUGAAGAAGAGCAUUGAAGCCAACAAGCAGAAAUACGUGGAAGAACUAGCAACGACGGCAGAAAAAGCUGCAAGACAAGGAAAUAUGAAACAACUAUAUGAUACAACGAAGAAACUAGCAGAGAGAUAUAUUAUUAUUUUUUUAUUCAUUUGAACACAUAAAUAUUGGUACAAGGGGGCACCAGAUAUAGCAAACCAGAGAGACCUGUCAAGGACAAAGAAGGCAGACCAAUUACUGAAAUUCAAGAACAGAGGAACAGAUCGGUAGAGUACUUUGAGGACCUCUUGAAUAGACCAGCUACAUUGAAUCCUACGGACGUCGAAGCAGCACACACAGACCUUCCUAUACAUAUCCCUCCACAACGACCGAAGAAAUCAGGAUGGCCAUCAGACAAAUCAAGAGCGGGAAGCAGCAGGACCCGACAAUAUACCAGCCGAAGCACUGAAGUCAGACAUCGAAGUAACUACAAACAUGCUUCACCUUCUAUUCAAAAAUAUUUGGGAGGAGGAACAAGUGCCGAUGGAGUGGAAAGAAGGACACCUCAUCAACAUUCCAAAGAAAGGAGAUCUGAGCAAAUGUGAAAACUAAAGAGGCAUUACACUUCUGUCAGUACCAGGGAAAGUCUUCAACAGAGUGAUGCUGAACCGGAUGAAAGAAGCAGUAGACGUCUAACUUCGAGAACAACAAGCUGGAUUCCAUAGGGAUCGGUCUUGUACAAACCAAAUUGUGACACUACGGAUCAUCCUCGAACAGUCAGUUGAGUGGAACUCGUCACUGUACAUCAACUUCAUUGAUUAUGAAAAGGCAUUCGACAGUGUAGAUAGGAGGACAUUAUGGAAACUUCUUCGACACUACGGAGUUCCUGAGAAGAUUGUCAGUUGUCCGGAACUAGUACGACGGACUACAGUGCAAGGUCGUGCAUGGAGGACAGCUGACAGAUGCAUCUCAAAUAAGGACCGGACUCAGACAAGGCUGUCUACUCUCUCCCUUCCACUUUCUCCUUCCUCUGGUGGUCGACUGGAUUAUGAAGACCUCGACAUCUGAGGGAAAACACAAGAUAAAAUGGACAGCUCUCAUGCAACUAAAGAAUUUGGAAUUUGUAGAAGACCUAGUCCUUCUAUCUCAUACACGCCAACAGAUAUAGGUGAAGACAGUCUGCGUAGCAUCAGCGUUUGCAGCAGUAUACCUCAACAUACUCAACAUCCAUUGGUCGGAUACCGUCAGCAACAGCCUACUACGGGAAAGAACAAACAAAGACGAUGGAAAUGGAUAGGACAUACAUUGAGAAAAUCAUCAAACUGAACCACGAGGCAAGCCUUAACUUGGAGUCCUGAUGGGAAGCGGAAAAGUGGAAAGCCAAAGAACACAUUACGUCGGGAAAUAGAAGCAGAUAUGAAAAG